AUGGAGCAGAUCGAGCAAGGAACUUCAAAUAUAUCUCUCGAUGAUUACUUAAAGAUGAGCGAAGAAGAACGGCAACAGCUUCCGAAAACUCGCUUGAAGAAACUGCAACGACAGGCGGCUCUGGCGGAGCGCAAAGCGGCGCGAGCGGCAGAGCUUGCAGCCAACGCUGCAACAGAGCAACGCGAACGACUAGAAGAGGCCCGGCAAGUGAGGAUAGAGCUUGAUUCGUCCCUGCCAAAGCCGCUGAUCUGCAAACUUCGGGACAUUUUCGCUUCUCCGGAGAAGUUCGUCGACCAGCGUGUGUGCUUGGCCGGCUGGGUGCACCACUGGCGCAUGGACGGAAAACGUCUCGCAUUCCUGGAGCUGCGCGAUGGAACGGGUUUCAUGCAGUGCGUAUUAUCGAACGAGUUGUGUAUGACUUAUGAUGCGCUGACGCUCUGCCGCGAAGCCAGCGUGCGAGUCUGGGGCACCGUUCGCCACGACGCCCGCGCCAAAGGCGGUCUCGAGCUGCAUGCCGACUUUUGGGAGCUCGUGGCACCCUCCACACCCGAGAUAGAGAUGGUGCUCACCCAUGAAUCCAAUCCGGAUAUUCUACUGAACAACCGACACCUGGUGAUUCGCGGCCGCCGAACGUCGACGACCUUGCGACUCCGCUCUCUCAUAACGCAAUGCUUUCGUGAGCACUACUUCCAGCGCGGGUAUGUGGAACUCGCUCCGCCUACGAUCGUGAAUACCAUGUGCGAAGGCGGCAGCACGCUCUUUAAGCUUGACUACUUUGGUAUCAAUGCCUAUUUGACCCAGAGCAGCCAGAUGUAUCUGGAGAGCGGCAUUCCAGCUGUCGGAGACUGCUUCUGUGUAUUGCCUUCGUAUCGAGCUGAGCUGAGCGAUACACGCCGCCAUUUGGCUGAGUUUCAUCAUAUCGAAGCUGAAAUGCCGUUCAUAACGUUCGCAGACUUGCUGGACGCUAUCGAAGAUCUCGUAUGCGACGUCAUCGCUCGAGUGCUCGCCAAGGCCGGUGACCUCGUCCGGGACCUCAACCCUGAGCUCGUGGUUCCGCGACGACCGUUCCGUCGCCUGACCUACGCUGAUGCGAUUGCGUAUUGUCGGGAGCACGAAAUCUACAAGGACGAGGAACAGAAAAUUCACUUCGAAUACGGAGAUGACAUACCUGAACGGCCGGAACGACUUAUGACGGAUCAGAUCGGUGAGCCGAUCUUCCUCACGCAUUUUCCGGUUUCCAUGAAGGCUUUUUACAUGCAGCCGUGCACCGAUCAGCCGGAUUUGACGGAAAGCGUAGAUUUGUUGAUGCCGGGAGUCGGGGAAAUCGUUGGCGGCAGUAUGCGCAUCUGGCGAUACAAGCAGCUCAUGGACGCAUAUGCCCGUGAGCAGAUCGACCCCAAGCCGUACUACUGGUAUACGGAUCAACGCAAGUUUGGAUCCUGCCCUCACGGCGGCUACGGGCUUGGACUCGAACGAUUCUGUUGUUAUGUGCUCGGAGUGCGACACGUGCGAGAAGUAUGUCUGUAUCCGCGAUAUCGUGGCCGAAUUUCGCCAUAA